AUGAGUAGUGAGGCGAAGAAGGUUGUGAUUGAUGAAGAGGGUGUGUUGAGAAUUAAGGGGCGCGUGUACGUUCCUCGAAUGGAUAACUUGAUUCAGACAAUUUUAGAGGAGGCCUACAGUUCUAGAUAUUCUAUUCAUCCUGGUGCUACGAAGAUGUACCGUGAUCUGAGACAAAGAUUACUGGACCAGUUUUUACCAUUGGUGGAGUUCACUUACAAUAAUAGUUAUCAUUCAAGUAUUGAUAUGGCUCCAUUCGAGGCACUUUAUGGGAGGAAGUGUAGACCACCCAUUGGGUGGUUUGAUACGUUUAAAGUAAGACCUUGGGGUACUGAUAUGUUGAGAGAAUCUCCAGAUAAGGUCAAGCUGAUUCAAGAAAAUCUUUUAGCAGCUCAGCGUAGGCAGAAAGAGUAUGCAGAUCGAAAGGUUCGGGAUCUUGAAUUUAUGGUGGGGGAACAAGUGUUGUUGAAGGCAGCAUAUGAGUUAGCUUUACCCCCAGGUUUGUUCGGUGUUCAUCUGGUGUUUCACGUCUCUAUGCUAAAAAGGUAUCAUGGUGAUGGGCCCUAUGUCAUUCGUUGGGAUUCAGUUUUGUUGGAUGAGAAUUUUUCCUAUGAGGAAGAGCCUGUUGCUAAAUUAGAUAGGGAGGUGCGUAAGUUGAGAUCGAAAGAAAUCACGACAGUUAAGGACCAGUGGAAGAAUCAUCAUGUUGAGGAAUCCACUUGGGAGACCAAGUCAGAUAUGCGUAAUAAGUAUCCCCAUCUUUUCGCUGAGUCAAGUACAUUUUUUCGUUGUUCCUUCCCUCUUGUUUGUUCAGGGACGAACGGUUAUUCAAUUGGUAUAUGA